GCCCCCGGAGCAACAGCCGCCGCCGCCGCCGCCCCCCGAGCCCGAGCCGGUGCCGGAGCCCGUGGUGGAGCAGUGGCGCCAGUACCAGGAGAGCGACCGGCACUGGGCGCUGCGCCGCCGCUUCAUCCUCGGCCACCUGGCCAGUUACCCGGGCGCCGCCAUCGACCAGCUGCUGUCGCUCUCCGUGCUCUGGACCAACCACGUCUUCAUGGGCUGCAGGUAUGGCUCGCAAGUUAUGGAGAAAGUCCUCAAGAUGGCUGAAGGUAUUGAUAUUGGGGAGAUGCCAUCAUUCGAGUUGGUACCUCGUGCUAAACCACCAAAAAGACCUUGCUCCCCACCUUGCUCUCCCUAUGCCAAUCCAGAGCCUCCCAAAAAAGUCCUCCCCAGGUUCCGUGUGAGACCUCGUUUUGAGCCUGUACACUUUGUAGCCAGUAGUGAGAAAGAUGAAAGAAAAGAAGAUCCUUCAGACAACCAACCACAGGAGUCAAACAAGGAUGCAAACACAAACAGCACUGCACAGCAAGUUGAAAACUAUGUGGAUUUUGUUUUUAACAGUUUAAAUACCCAGCAGGCAGAUCCCCAGUUCUCCAACUCAGUGGGUUUUGGUUAUAUAAGUAGCCAGACAACAGGCCCCAGUGUGAUUUUUAACAGCAUGGACACUACACAGAGUGGUGCGCCACAACUUUCCACCUCCUCUUCAGUUCUCCAGUCUUCAUCAGAUACUUUCCCCCAGUCAGUUAUAACAGCAAAGCAGUAUUUUAUUGACAGACUGUCUGCAGCAAUUGGAAAGAAUCUUGCUAACCCAGAUGCUUACUCUGGAACUGAUAAUGUUAAUUAUACGUAUCUGUUGACUCGUUCGAUUCAGGCAUGUAAAACAAAUCCUGAAUAUAUCUAUGUUCCUCUAAAAGAAAUUGCCCCUGCUGACCUCCCAAAAAAUAAGAAGCUUCCAACAGAUGGCUUUGCUUGUGAAGUGAGAUGCCACAAUGUGUACUUGACCACUGGUUAUGCUGGCAGCAAAAAUGGAUCCAGGGAUCGAGCCACAGCUUUAGCAGUCAAGCUAUUGCAAAAGCCUGUAGAAGUUAAAGUUGCUCAACGGAAGUUCAAACAUACCUAUCGAGAGGAUUUAAUAGUGUGCGAGUCUGGCACGUGUCCACCGGAAUUGCCUCCUGCUCUCAAACAGCUUGAUGACUUCCUAGCUGCCAACAAAGAUAUUUCAUCUGGGCAGGCUGGUUCUGAUCCUUUGCAAGGUUCAAGUAGUUCAACCAAGCACUGGACUGACUUUGUGCUCACGGAAAAUGCUAGUGACGCUAUAGGGAUACUUAACAACUCUGCUUCAUUUAACAAAAUGUCCGUUGAAUACAAAUAUGACUUAAUGUCAAACCGCUCCUGGCGCUGUAGAGUGUAUUUACAGGACCACUGCUUAGCUGAGGGAUAUGGCAGUAAGAAAACUAGCAAACAUGCAGCUGCAGAUGAGGCUUUGAAAAUUCUUCAAAAGAUGCAGCCUGAGGUGUCACCCAUCAAAACAACCCAGGUUCAGAAAGUGGGCUGUUCAUCCCGGGCUCCUGGCAAAAAGAAAGACCUGAAGGAUCUUGUUAUCUAUGAAAACUCUGAGAAUCCUGUGUGCACCCUUAACGACACAGCUCAGUUCAACAAGAUGACAGUGGAGUAUGUCUUUGAAAGGAUGACGGGUAUGCGGUGGAAGUGCAAGGUGAUGCUAGAAAAUGAGUUCAUUGCUGAAGCAGUUGGGGUUAAGAAAUCUGUGAAGCAUGAGGCAGCAGAAGAAGCUGUGAAAAUUCUCAAAAAGACACAGCCGACUGUUGUCAAUAACCUGAAGAAAGGCACCAUCGAAGAUGUCAUCUCAAGAAAUGAGAUUCGGGGCCGCUCAGCAGAAGAAGCUUUCAAGCAGAAGAUUAAAGAAGACAACAUAGGGAAUCAGAUUUUAAGAAAAAUGGGCUGGACAGGUGGUGGGUUAGGAAAAGAUGGCGAAGGAAUACGAGAGCCUAUUGCAGUGAAGGAGCAGUUUAAAAGGGAAGGACUUGGGCUUGAUGUAGAAAGGGUGAACAAAAUUGCUAAAAGAGAUAUUGAACAGAUCAUUCGAAAUUAUGCACGCUCAGAUAGUCAUGUUGACUUGACUUUCUCUACAGAACUUACCAAUGACGAGCGGAAGCAGAUACAUCAGAUUGCCCAAAAAUAUGGUCUUAAAAGUAAAUCGCAUGGGCAGGGCCAUGAUAGAUUUUUGGUGGUAAGCAGAAAGAGACGCAAAGAAGACUUAUUAGACCAACUGAAGCAAGAAGGCCAGGUUGGGCAUUAUGAACUUAUCAUGCCUCAAACUAAUUGAGCUUAAUGGUGUCCAAUGAAUGCAUAAGGAGACUGCGUUUCCUAGAUCCCUAAUUAAAGAUACAGAUACUGCAUUUUCUUCUUGUGGGAUAUAUUAUGUUUUACUUUGCUCAUUUAAUUUCUAAAACUUACUAGAAAAAGAACUUACAAAGCUCUGGCCAAUUGUUUUAGCACAACCCAGCAGCCAAUAGUGCAGUUAUUCUGUGUGUCUUUGAUAUUACUUGGUCCUUCACAUUUUAAUAGUUUUGUAAUAGCAAAAACACAUGUCCAACAACAAAAAACGACACCAUUUAAAAUUAUAGAUCCCUUAUUCUUUUUGCUCCAGGAAAGAAAUUUUGCCUUUAAAAAAAAAAGAGGAAAUGCAGUUCAGAGGAAAAAAUAUGUAAAGUUGGUAUUAAUUACAAUAAAAAUACAGUUUUAUUUCCAGCAAAA